AUGCGGAAAGUCUUACUAUCUAUUUUUGGUCUCUUCAUCAACAUGGUCUGCGUUUCUAGCAGCAGUAUUUACUGCUCCAUUUUCUGGCAUCCUCAGAAUCCUCUGUAAGUAAUGAUUUGUAGUGUGUAACUAUUCAAGUAAAUAUGCUUCGACGAUUUAUACCGACGUGAGUAUUGCUCAAGCUCUAAUUCAUAGGUUUCCUCCCGAACAGAACUAAUUCUCAACUCUGCAUUAAAGCAUGUUUGCUUAGAUCUUCAACCAUUUUAAUUUUGCUCGAACGGAAAGUUCAUUCCGUGCUCUUGAUUCCAUAUUCCUACAAAAGUGGCUUUUAUCAAGCUAGAUAAAAGGAUAUUAGAUAUUCGAUGUUAUUUUACAAAAAUAGGAGUAACUGACAACAAUAAUCCAUGUCUAAACCAGGUCACUUUGAGGCAAGCUAAAGCUUACAAAAUUCUUUCAAAAUCUGUCAUGAAGUGAUGUCUCGCACUUUAACAGCGAAGGACGUGCACCCAAAAUUAAGAGAGAUCCUUCAGUAUUUUAUUAACAUCAAUCUUCAAUAGAUUUUUUCCAAUCAACCUGUAGGUUAAAUCAAAUUUAACCUGAAAUCAAAUCUGACCUGUAACAUAACUGCUGCUGCGACAAAAAUGCAAAUAUUUUGAGAUGUGCGUUUGUGAUCCUGUGAAGAAUCCAGUCUGAGUGCAAAAAAACAGAACUCUUGUAAAAUAAUACAGCUAUAAACAGGUUUUUCCUUAAAACCCGUGUGAAAAACCUCGGAAUUCCAUGGAUUUCCACGGAAAAUUCUCCAUGGAAUUCCAUGGAGGAUUAGGACAUUAAUUUCCAUGGAAUUCCAUGAAAAUUUCUUCAUAGAUUUCCAUGGAAAAUAUUUGCAUGGAGGAUUAGGACAUUUCCCAUGGAAUUCCAUGGAAAACAUUAGGACACCAAUUUCCAUGGAAAUUCCUGCAUCGACAUUUUCCAUGGAAUUCCAUGGAAAAGUUCCAUGCAAUUCCAUAGAAACUACUCCAUCGAUUAUUCCAUGGAUCUCCAGGGAGUUUCAUGGAAUUCACAGGAAUUACACAUUUAAAAUAUCUAGUGAAUCAAAUGGAAUACAUAACAGAUUUUGGUCCAAUGCAAUUUAUUUAAUCAAUAAAAGGACCGCAUAAAUCUCUUUUGAAAGAUAUCAAUCAAAAGUUAACAUGCUUUUGGUGGAAAAUUUGACAUACUGUAGCUAAAACAAAUUAAUGUUUACUUGUGACUAAUUAUACAUUGCAGUUUAGAAUGCAGCAAUCAUAUUGAAGUAGCUUAAAUGAAAAAUUUAGAUUUAAUAUAAAGCAAGGAAUCUUGGCCUGUUGUUUAAGAAAAGUAACAGGCGAACAGAUGCAUAAUUGAAAGAAAAAUAAGCUAAUACUUGAAUGCAUAGACCGUCAGUAUGUAAGACCUAAACAUGGCGACGAAAAAGGGAAGUGCUACUUGUUUCCUCGAUCAGAACCAUGGUAUUUAGUUAUAGCAAAGUCCUACCUAAUCCUUGGGAAAAACGGGCGUCAGCCACAAUUAUAAUUUAUCAGUCUGUUGUACAGUUUUUUCGUAGCUGGCAUGAAAAUUCUAAAUAUGAUAUUUUUUCUUAUACAUCGAAGCAGUCCAUCGAAGUACAGUCUUCGAUUUCUAAUUCUACCAGUUAUUAUUAACUAUUCCGAAGGAUUCCAAUGGCAAUUUGCAGGAAAGACCACAUUCAUAUCUGUAUAAACAAAAAAGAUGAAAACUACAUAUUAAAACCGAUAAACAGCACCCGAAAAGUCACCCUUCUAAAUCUAGCAGAGACAAUAGAGCGGACGAAUUCAGUUGAGCAACGAAACACGAGUUGUGUACAUUAACAUAUUAAGCUAACCUUCCUCCUUUAAUGUGCGAUCCAGCUGAGUCAUUGUUCAAUCGAAGUUGAUUUGAAACAAGCCAAAUGUAAGCAACCUAACAAGUGAUAUUUUGCGCUGAAAAUAACAUCUUUUUCGGAUGCAUUCAUUGCAGACAAUCCGUUUACACAACACUGUCGUACUGCACAGAAGUCCGCCUAAAGAUUCGAACCAAGAACACUGAUCUUCUACGCAUUUCUAUUGGUUCAAAAGCCCCACGUGAUCGCGUAAGUCACUAAGCGGGGAGGCCUGGACGCCAGUUCAAGCACCAAACAUGGCGUCAAAUCACGGCACAACCGUGGAGAUGUCUGUCUUUAAACGCUUUAAAUUGUGGUCCCUUUCAGAGUUAAUUGUACUAUUCCGACACUGUCGAAUAGUAAAGCAGUGAGAGGAAAAUAUUGCAUUGUUCUCCCAGGUGAGGUAACCUUUGAAAAAAGGCAGCAGGCUUAUUCAUAGUCUGAUACACAGCCGUUCUUAAUAGUGUCGUCACGCAACGCUCCUCCCCACUAAAACGGCUGUGUAGCAGACCAGCCUAUCCACGGAUGCGGCAAAAAAACUCUAAUAUUGCUUGUGUAGGUUCGCCCAAAUACUCCAUUCAAAGCAAUUUCAUCAAUCAGGUUGGACUCGAGUAAUAGGGAAAAUCUUAGCUCUCAACCGAAAACACUUCGAUACCGGGAAGAGUUAUGUGCCCAGUGGGAUCAUUUAAGUACGGGACCCGUACAUCGUCUUAUAUUUGCUAUUCAUACGGGAUUCCGACUAAACUGAUUAGGGCUAUUAAAGCACUGACUCGAAACGGUUAGCUUCCAAUUAGGGUUACGGUUUUUUUAUAUGAGUAAAAUCAAACUCCACCUAGCAGAGAGUUACUUCUCUAUGGUAGAGUGGUUAGGUUACGAACUGUGGAUUCUACGCCCCUGGAUCGGUUCUCAAUCUUGCCACAUCGAAUUUUUCUUCUUUUCCAAAUUUGCCACUGAAAUUUUUUCCUUAAAAAUGGAACAGUGGUUGAAGAGACUUACACUUUCAUGGAAAUUUGUUGAUCAGAAAUUUCAAGAGACUUGAAAAUUUCAUAUAAAUUUCAAGUAGAGACUUGAAAUCCUUGAGAGACUUGAAAUAAUUGAAAUUUCAAUUAGAGACUUGGAUCCCGUAUGUCAUAGCAAAUACAUGUCGGUGUACGGGUCCUGUACGAAUAGCAGCACUGUGUCAAUGUAAUGAAGCAACUGCAUGUUGCUAAUAACAGUGAUCUUCUCAUAUUUCAAAUGCAACACUGCGUUUAAAAGGAUCAUUUUUUUAUUAAGCACUCAAAACAUUCCUCUUUAUAGUUAGCAAUAAAAUGUCUUACACUGGGACUUUCAGCGUUGCCUGCAUGUCGGUGAACAAUACUUUUGCAAUGUCUGUGUAAUUUAAACUAAAUGCACUAUUUUACUUUUAGAAAACUUCCAAAUGUUUCCUAUUUUUCUAUCCAAUAAAAAGUGCAGACUUGAACAUGUGGUUCUUUUACAGGGUUUGCAAAUUUUAUUGAUGAGUGAAGUCACUGUGACUUCUGCUUCACAAAUUUUGGAGUCAUUUAGGAAUAUUUGGAGUCGAGUAUCACAACGAAAAAAGCCAUUUUCAGACUUUCGAGCACGUAGUCCUCUCGUGUAUACACUAUCGUGAUGGAUACACGAAGUAGCUGUGGCGGUCCGCUGACCUGGAAAGCUCAAAUCCAUGAUGGCGGUCAUCCAAUAAACUUUGAUCGUAAUUAACCCUCUUCCUAUUUGGUCGUGCAGUAUAAUUCUUUAAUUUCGAUGAUUUAAUUAAGGUUUACAACGUUUACAAUUAACCGAAAAUUUCUGCAGUCGAAGUGGCUCCCUGUUUGUUACCGAAAAUUUCUGGCGUCAAAGUGACUCCCUCCGUAACCUCUGUGGAGUCAUCUGAACAAUUUUGGCGUAAAAUACGCCAAAUUUGGAGUAUUUGCGAACCCUGGGUUAACAAGUUGAUGAGUUGCUUGAUAACCGAAUUUCUAUGGAUUUUCUCAUACAAACUGCAUGGUAUUAUAUCGAACUCCAUGGACACGCUAUCGCAUUCCAUGAAACUGCAUUGGUACUUCAGGGAACCCCAUGGCAUUCCAUGGAACUCUACAAUGUUCCCUGGAAUUCCAUGGACCUCCAAAGAAACUCCAUGGAAUUUCAUGGCAGUCCAUGGAACUCCAUCACUACUUCAUGGAACUCCGAGGAACUCCAUGGCAUUCCAUGGGACUACAUGGAUACUCCAUGGAACUCCAUUUCAUUCCAUGGAACUCCAUGGAACUCCAUGGAACUCCAUGGCAUUCCAUGGAACUCCAUGGGUACUCCAUGGAUGAUUUCCAUGGAUUUCCAUGGAUUUCCAUAGAUUUCCAUGGAUUUCCAUAGAGGUAUUUCACAGGGGAAGCCUACAUUAUUUAACAGGAGCUGAAACAGAGCUACAGCUUGCCCUGAGUAGUCUACUAUGUUGAAACUUAACCGUUUUGGUGGAUAGGUAAGGAUGGUUUAGGGAUAGUCUAUGACGUCAUCCAUUGUUAUAACCUAGAGAAAAAGUGCGUUCCUCCACACUAAUUAAGUGCCUUCCUCCAUAUACUGUAGAAUGAAGUGGAUAGGUUUACUAAUGAGCGUCUCUCUACUACAAUAGGCACAAGAGGGUUGUCUUGGCUUGCCCGUUAAGUAACUUGAGCCCAGAUAAGAGAAGCGAUCUCCUAGCAACGCGAGAAGCGGCUUCCUAUAUCUUAUUUAGCGCUAAAUUCUAAGAUAUAUAAACAAAACACAUGCAGAAAGUGAAGUUGAAAAGUCUUUGUUUCAAUUUAGUUUACGUCGUCUUAUUUAGCGCUAAAACUCGGAUAUAAUAUAUAGAUUUAGCCAGGGCUAAAAGCGAGGCUCCCAUUAAUAAAUUUAUAAUUUAAAUCAAACAAUAAACUUGUAUUCCACAAUUCAGUUAACUUUAGAGCACAUUCGUGUGACUUUUCAGGGAAAGGCUAAGUGAUUUUACAAAAAAUAAUUUGCAAACAGCCCAAGAGUGAACCAAAUCUCACAUCGACUUGAUAGCCUCAUAAGUACACCCAAAAACUGGCUAUCAUCUUCGAUCACAUUUAUUAAGAGCCAUAAUGGCUCUUGAUCACCGUAGAUUAAUUAGGCCUGGAAAAAAUUCCGGCCGAAUUUUUUGCGUUCGACAAGUUUAUUUUACAAAAUCUUGCCAAAAAAUCUGGGUGCGUGUAAACCAACCUUUUAUAUCAUUUAUACAUCACAUCUGAGGUGAAACAGUACUAUGAGGCACUGUUUUUAUCAUACAGACCUCGGACAACAGAAUGCAGUAUUUCACAAAAUUACGAUACAAAUUGCUAUUCAGGACGAUCGAAGCACGCGUGGGCUUUAGCCGCAAACCGUUGAAAAAAUUUUCAAAACCAUCUAUACGGCCGGCCAGUUCUGACUUUUACAGUGCUAGCAGUGGCGAGUGUUUGAAUGAACAUUAACAGAGUUACGUUCCAACAUAGUAAAGAAUUUAUAUGUUUUUUUUUAUUUUAAAACGAUUUAACGCGCGGCAUUUUGAGUACUCCGGGAAGCGUUGUUUACUGAACGACUGAAAACAAUCGGCACAGCGAUUAAAAUUACAAGAGAGAGUACUAACAAUCAAUAAAAGAAGUAUAAUUGGGUGAAUCAUAUACAGAGACGACAAUUUUCAUUCAGGGAAGACAAGUAUUAAAGUGUCUCUAAAAAUCCUGAGUCUUCGAGCUUAAAGCUGAAGUUUACGUUUUAAGCCGGCUUCCCAGUGUUUGCUUCUUGUCAAAGAUGAACUUGAGGCAACAAAAUCGCUCAAACCUUUCUUUUACAGCCAGAAUUAUAACUAAAUACUCUUUGAAACGUUUUCUCUGUAUUUGCGGUGAGAAAAUGUCUAAAGGCUUUGAAAGCUUAUAACAAACCUGAUACUCGGUCAGAUCAUUGUCUCAAAUCUUACAAACGUGCGUAAACAAAAUAGCCGCAUAAACUACGCUCGACUUCAUAAAAUUAGGAAUAAAAAACAAACAUCAAAUACAAUAAUUACUUAGGCUUACCACUCGAGAUGCAGCUCCUGAAAGGUAUCAAGUAAGGCCAGUAUCGCUUCAGACUUUGCAACCCUCUUACGCAUUAAGCAAGGUGAAAACGAAAACGAUGCCAUCCGAAAUCGGAUUUCCGACUUUGACUCAACCAAAAACCAAAUAAACAAACUAGCCAUGCAUGAAUAACAGAAGACUCCUGAUAGCAGCUGAAUUUCAUUUUGUACAUCCAGUGGAAAAAGAAAGUUAAAAACAUCACAAGUUGACACAAAACUCUGUCAGCUUCAGCUGUCAAAGUAAACAAGAUUCAAGAUGCUGCAUAAAUUUUCCGCAUGAACUCACCUGUCAAAUUUUGACCAAUCAGAGCACAAAAAUUGGACGUAGAGCGUGACCAACGCGUGAACAUGGCGAGAAAAGUCAAAAGCAACUGUCUUCCCUGCCUUAGCAGCUGGCUGAAUUUUCGCGUCCGAGGUCAGUUUGAAAUCAAAAUUUUAAUUGUGCGGCACAAAUUUUUUGAAUUUUUAAAAAAAUUAAACUUGAGCCCUCGAUCAUUUGAAAAACAGUACCUUGUCAGCGGAUAACUUCAAAAAAACACUUGACCUCGAUGGGUCGACACCUGAGCCCGCGAUACAGUCAAGUGAUACUGGUCAGCGGAUACCUUGUUUUGACAGCUGUCAAUGGAUCACAACAUUGACGUGUAUCAGUUUUCCUGUGCUCCGAUCCCAAACUAGCUAGAAAGUAUGAGACUGAACAUUGAUCGCGAUCUAGUAAAAUAAUUAACUGGUCAGAGGACAGCUUCCAAAUAAAUCACGUCACCUCAAUGAGUUGACACAUGAGCCCGCGAUAUAGUCAUGGGAUACUGGUCAGUGGCUAUCCUGUUUUGACAGCUGUCAAUUGAUCAUAUUGUGAAUGUCCAAUGUAAAAGAUAAGGACUUGGCAAGACACGCCUGAGACACCCCCCCUUUCCUUUUGAUAGUCUCCCCUACCCCACCCGUACAAUCCGUAGACGCGUACGUACGUACGCUCGGUCAAUCACUUGACAACCAAAGGAAAAGAGGUUGACCAUAAUCUAUGGGUAUAGGGCUCCGUCUCACGCGCGCUUGGCGCGCGUGGGAGCCCCGCUAUAAACAAAACACACGCACAUAUACACAAAGUGGAGCUGAAAACUCUCUAUUUCAAUUUUGUCUGACUAUUACAGAACCGUUAUCUCCUCUCUAUCUCGAGGAAAUGAAAAACUAUUUAAGUCUCAGCGUUUCACGCGCUGUUAGUCAGGUAAUUAUGCGAGUCCACAAGCCCACCGUUGCAUACAAAUUAGCUCUGCAGUAAAACACCCAAGGGAGCAUCUUGACGAAUUAUUAUAAAAACACACCCCCAAAAAACAAUUAAUAACUUAACAAGGAUUAAUUGAAACACGCGACUAAUAAUUGCUAGCAAUAAAACCAGACACGUUUCUUAAGACAAGAAAACAACUUUAUCACCCAUUAUUAAAUUAAUUUUAAAAAGAUUUAAUUAAUAUAUUCUAAGAUUCUAUUAAAAUAGUCAAGAAGGCAAGCCAUCCUUUUUUUUUUACACUGCGUACAAUGUUUUCCUUGUUUAUAUUCCUCUCCCUUUUGGUUUUUAUUUCCCUCCUCCUCCUCCUGACUCCACAAUUUUAUUAUUUUCCCCCCACCACCACCACCAACACCACAUACUGCGAUACUGCGAUACCGUACCGUAUUGCAGCUUAUUAGUAAUACAUCUACAUGUUAACACAAAACUGAUUUUUCACUUCAAUAUUUCCAUAGAUUUAGAAACAAGAGCCAAAGUUGUAGCACAGGAUACAUGACUCUUAAAGUCCGACUGCAAUCUAAAGUCAUCUUCAUAUGUCCAAACACAGCCACUGUGUUACAAAAAACUUUAACAGCACCUCAAUCUGCAACCAUGUAUGAAAACCUUUGGAUUACCUAUGACAGAAGUGUGUUUGACCAAUGUAAUACAUCAUUAAGCAAUACUAGCAACCUUUUAUUCCAAUGCAAUGAUCCAACAGCAUUGAAAUAUUUUCCUGUGGUAUUUGCCGAAUUUACAGCAGACCCAAAAUCGCUGAAGUUUAAAGAUGGAAAGAAGUAUUAUUUUAUUGGUAAGUGAUAGAAAGUCAAUUUUACAGGACUGAGGGACCCAAAUUAUGGGCUGAAGUUUGGAGGGGAGGGGGGGGGGGGGAGAAGAAGUGUUAUUUUAGUGGAACGGGUGAAGAGUCGCAGUACCUUAAAGUUUCCACAGUAGUGACUCCCUGAGAGUUAAACGAACCAAGUUCUGUUUCUCUAUAUCACAUAAAAAAUUAAUGCAUGAUCAGUGAUGUUGAGUUUUAUGUACUUAUCAUGUAAAAUUUGAUGCCCAGUCCAAAAUCAUUUUAGUCCCAGUCCACACACCAAUCAUUUGACUGUAGUAUUUGUGUGAAAAUUCUUCUCAGUAUUAUUAGUUACUUCUGGGCCUCUUUUUCUAUAAGAUUGCUCUCUUGACUAACUUACUAACUAGGUUUUAUUACGCUAGAUGUAUAUUACAUAAAAGGAUAUUCUUCAAAAUCAUCUCCAUGUCAAGUCAACAAUUGUUUUGCAUGUUUUCUUAUUGUUUAUCUAUUGUAGGGACAUCUGAUGGCACACAGACACACCUCAAUGACCUUAGUGGAGGUCACUGCAAUGACACAAAAACUGGAAUAUUUAUGAAAAUUGAAGUAUAUGUCUGCAAAAAAAGUAAUCUAACUCAUACAGGUAAUGUUCAAUUACUACAGUGAAAUUAAAAGAAGUGUUGAAGUACAGUGUACACAUACUGUACAGGUACAUGCCAUGGUAACUACAUGUAAAAAGCUUUGAAUAAAAAACUUCAAGGUGAAGUUGAUGCCACAAUAACUGCCUUUAACGCUAGUUGAGCUGUUUUGUGGUCACAGUCUGGCUUUAGACUGCCAAAACGUCCCAUAAUGCCAUUUAAAGUUUGUGCACUUUGCAGCCUUCUGUUACAGAUUUAAAAUAUCAGCCUCUGAAGUUUGGGUAUGUGUAGACAGCAAAAUUUUGGAAGAGUUUUUGUGUUUAAAAGUCACACAGUAGUCUCGACUUUUACCUUUUGCUUUCUCUCCUUCCCUUUUCUUUCCGCUUCUUUGCCCGUUUUCUUGUUAUUUGCUGGGCAUUAACUAGGCUUUCUCAUUCUGGUGGAACACUUCUGUUGAAAAGCUUUUAGGAUUAUAGGAUUUGGUGGAAGGAAGUGCGGGUGGGUAAUGGAACAAGAUUUUUCUUAGGAUUUUUGGGUCAAAUUUUCAUGGUGUUUGAACUUUUCUCCGGUCUUCUUGAUUGAAAUGUGCUCAUUCUGGCAUGGUGGGAAGGAUCUUUUCCUCCUGCACAAAUAAGGAGACCAGGUUCUCCUCGACCGUUAAGACUGAUGGUGUGACAGGUGGUACAACCCUCGUUGGUCUGCACGGACGGUUAUACAUGCUUUGAGGGGCGAAUGGGUUCAGAAGGUUUUCCGGAGGGUCAUGAGUUUUUUUCCGAUGUUAGUAAUCUGUCUUAUUGAGAGUCAAGUAAAGGGACGAAAAAAAGGCAGGGACCAAGUCUAGGUGUCUGUUUUAUUGAGGUGUCCAUCUUAAGUGUCCGUUAAGAGAAAGUCGACUGUAAAUAAAUUCUUUAAAACAAUUUUGCCAGACGAAGACUGUCCAGAAGAAGAUGUGGGUGUCCUGAAAUGUCGUGAUAAUCCAACUCCAACAACAGCCCUUCCUACAACAGUUCUGCCAACAACAACAACUUCAUCAUCAUCAUCAUUCAUGUCAUCAGUAAUGCCACCAACCAGAAUCACUACUCAGGCACCUUUUACACAAGCUGCACACACAUCUACAGCCAGUACAGUGGAAGUUAGCAGCGUAAGUGAACAAAACUCAGUCACAGAAUCGACAAACACAACAUCCACAGAGCUAGCCAGCAAUUGUCAGCCACAGUCUGCUCUGCAAAGGGGUGAUGACCGCUUGAAGACAGGUAUGAAAAUCAACAAGUGUUGUUACAGUAGUUUGUUGCUUCUUAUUUUCACAGACUUUUUUACUUUUGUAUAAAUAACGAUCCCAGUCGCCGUGUGUGUUUUUGAGCAUUAUUUCUGUACAGUUCUACAAAUUGGUGUCUAACAGUUUCUUGGUUGUUUAAAAGAACGGUUUCCUUUUGAAGCCCUCGUACAAGUUGCUUUUUUCAAUGUUUAAAAGCCUGGUGCAUCAACAACCAAAAUUUUCUUUGUACAUACAUGUAACACUUCCAUGUGAACUGCAUAAGUCUUCAUAAUUAUCACAACUACUGCACAGGUUGUCGAAACGUAAGUCCCUGCCAACAUCAACAGUCCUACUCAGGACAACUGUACGUCCACCCGGACGAUCAUACUCAGCCUUUUUAAGAAAUGACUCCUGGGUUCAAACCUUUCACAGUAUUAUAUCUUGCAGAUAUUUUCCAAAAAGCAGUCAACAUGCCUCAGAUGGCUUCUUGUUAUCUUAACGUAGUAAUUUUCCUACUUUAUUUUUCGUCGUCGCCAGCCUUCUAAAAAUGUCCAACUAUUUUCUCAAGCUUAGCACAAAAAAAACAGCUGUGCUGGUGGCUUUGUAUGGCGUCGUUCCUCCAAUAAUUUUUUUACUUAACGGACGAUCAUGGCGUUGGACUCGUAUUCAGACGGUCCCGGCUCCGAGUCCCGCUCUGGCCACCAUCUGAAUUUGUUCUCGGUUUUCCCGAGUUCAAAUUUUCGGCAGAUCUUCGGCCACGCUUAAUUUGUAAAUAGCCAACUGGUUUCACAAACAGCCAUUAUGUUGAAUGAAUAAUAUCAGGGAUGAUGACACCCACAGGUUUUACAGAUCUUAACUAUUCAAAAUUGUUUUCCACCAACAGAGUUAAAAUAUUGGAGGACUUGCGGAAUUGUCGCCCUGGUUUUGCUUUUUAUAUGUUUCCUGGUGAUUAUAGCUCUAAUCAUCCGUCCCGUCUCGUGCAGGUAGGUUCUUAUUCACGUUCAUCUUGUUUCAAAACUACAUUCUCAAACUCAUUAAUAAUUCAUAAAGAAAAUACUAAAGAAAUAAAUGUUUAAUAAGCGUUUGGAAAUCAGAUGAAAAACUGGUCAUUUUUGCAUCCUUAAUUUCUCCUUCUAAAAUCAUUUUGUUUGAGAAUAUCAUAAUAUCAAGCAUAAUAUCAUAAUAUCAAGCAUUCGACAAAGUAAAUCAUCACCUAAUGAACCACUUCGAAGUUCGUCUUAAAUACUCCGCUGCGCGUCGUAUUUUCAACUCCCUUCUCGGUGUUUCAUCUAGUGAUGAAACACUACGUCUCAUGAUAGUAUUACUUAACUGGCUUGCAGUUUGUAUGUAAGCGGCGUGAUAGCGAGUGCCCCUAAGCUAAGCUGCAGACACCCCCUUUUAGUCGGUCAAAAGUAAAGCAAAGUAACACUUUAUUUUAACAGGCUGGCCAAAUCACCUCAAAGUGAUGGUCUCCAUGGGUGCCCUGCGUCCUGAAAACUACUUUUCGUUAAGAAUUUGAGAUUACAUUGUAAAACCCGAAAACACAAUAAUAGAAUAAAAUAUUGUAACUGUAUAUUUAAAAGCACUAAAAUAGAUGCAAAAGUUUAUUACACGGUACAUGUACAUUUUAAAAAAUCCUUAUAAUACUAAGAUUUCAAGAAAACUUCAAUAAAAGUUACCAAACAAAUGCCUCGCUCGGCGGCGGAAAGUCUGUAUGCUCUGAGCGUUUGCUGUGUUAAAGGGAGUUCAAAAGGGAGUCGGAGUCAGAAUGGUAAGCGGAGUCGUAAGAGCGCCUAUGGUCUUGUGAAAAUAAAAAAUCGGAGUCAUAAGCCCAGUUAUAAGCGCGACGGAAUCGGAGUCGGAAGAAUCAGAACGGUUCAUUUUCUUCCAACUUCGCUAACGAUCCCGUCGUUUAUUUAGUGAAAACCAUAUUGUCGGAGUCGGAAGCAGAAGCAGAAGAAUAAACCAAUCACAAAGCACGUUUUCACGCUUUGUGAUUGGUUUAGGUCUUCUGCUUCUGCGAACCAGCCCUAAUACUGUGUUGUGUAGUGUACUUACGAAUGUUCGAAAAAUUUAGUAAAAUAAUAUGGUAAAGAAAAGCUUGGAGCAAAUGAAUUAUUGGACAGAGAAAAACAAGUUCAUCCCUGUGGUCUGCAAGAAAGAGUCGGCCGAUGACUUGGCGGGACUGAAGAGAGCGGACGACCCUGGAUGGAAAUUGGAGAGAAACGAGACGUAAAAGGCACUUUCCUUAUCCACUCGCCUUCUUCCCCUUUUCCUAAUUCGCUUGCAAGUAACAUGUUCGCCCACGCGCAACUAUAGCCUAAAAACUACUUUUCGUUAAGAAUUUCAAAUUACAUUUUAAAAGCUGAAACACAAUAAAGGCAGACGAGCGAUGUUACGAUUUCAGGUAGUACUGUUCGCAGUUUCUGCAACCUUUGGUUUUAAUAAUCUUUCCAUGCAAGUCUACGCACGUGAAAAUCCAAACAAAAAUGGCGAGUUUUUGGUAGGUUUUUAGCGAAAAAAAAAAAACAAAAAACAGUGAAAUCCGAUGAGUGUAGCAUUAACCGAAGGUAAGAUCUAGAAUUUGAUGUUUCUUGAGAGUUUUAUUUGGCGGUACCCAUUGAGAAAAUUCGGCUUUAUCAAUUUCAAAAUUUUUGUUUAGUGUUCUCAUAGUAAUAUCGAUUUUACUUAAAACUGCAUUUUCACAAAUUUCAAGCCAUAACCAAUUACUGGUGCAAAUUUUGUAGCGAUCGGACAAGGAAAAAAUCACUUUGAAGGCGAUUGAAAAAUAUCGGUAUGGUCUCUGAAAAACUGUAUAUCGAAAACACCUUAUACCCCUUCCUCUGUCAUUAAGCUUAGUAUUUGUUGCGCAAAAGUAGGCCACCCAAUUAUAGGUUAUAUACUAUUUGGAUUAGAUAUUACAUUUCUCGGAUGUGAUAAUUAGUGAGGGACAAAUAGAACAUUUUUCUUUGAGACAAACAUGAUUCUUUUGUUUUGUUUUGACAAGUAGACAUUUUAGCAUGCCCGCAUACGCCAAGACGGUUCCCGCGCAUUCUAUUCAUGAGUCGUUAAUUAAUUUUUUGUCCCCCACUUUAGCAGCCCCAAAAAAGGGUAUGAUUCUGCUAGGAAACCACUACUUGAUUGACUUCGCAGAAAAACCCAAACUACAAAGACGUUUAUGACAUCGCAGGUCGCGUCAGUGUUAUCCGAAACAGCUGUAAGACGUUUAUUCGUCUCCAGAUAAGCAAAAUUGCUUCGUGCGGGCCUUUUUGUUGUUAAAUUAUGUAAGUGAAUAUAAGAUGACGCUGAUUAGAUGUCUAAGUGUCAAAGAUGUAAAUGAAGUAAAAUAAAUUAAAUUCCUUAGAAACCAGGGCCCGGUUGCAUAAAACGUCCGUAACAACUACGGGUAUACGUACGUGCAAUCGUAACUUAAGCCAGUUGCAUGAAAACACUUAAUUGGUCCACUUAGGGAAUUCACUGAAGUGGUUGUACUUACGAUUUUCGUAAGUGUUCACUUAAGUGUCGCUUAUGCAACAGAAAUUGCGGGUGUUGCAUAAAACUUUUUUUACGGGAAAAAUAGCACGUAAAUUUACGGGACCUAUGUAGGUCCCGUAUCGUUACUGUUUUUACUAAAUUUAACGAGAUCUUUUACUGAGAAGUGAAAAAAAGUAUUUUUCUUCACGUAAUUCGUCCUAAUGCGCUUUAUUAACCUGUGAUGUACACUUUUGUGAAAAAAGGAAGAAGAAGUAUCAUUUUCAGUAGAUAUUGAACAAAAAUAACGUUUGCAUGCAAAUUUCAUUUUUUGAGAGGCUUAAAAGUGUUCGAAACGACUUAAAACUUUCUUUACAGUCACCGAUGGUUAGCUUAAAAAAAAAGAAGGCGUCAUUAAUAAACUAUAAUAUCAAGGUUACGUGUGCCUUUAAGUGAGCCCGUAAGUUACCACGUAAAACAGUAACUUACGAGAGUGCUAAGUGUGUUCUAUGCAACACCCGUAAGUGUACCCAUAACGGAUUCGUAAGUGACCUACUUAAGUGGGCACUUAAGUGUAGGUUUUAUGCAACCGGGCCCAGGGGCAUAACAUCCAUAUACGCACACAGCCACACACACACACCCACCCACAAACACAAACUGCAGUCAAAGAGUAUAAUAGCUACGUAAGGCCCAGUUCAGACGUCGUGCUUCUGCCGUGCCGAACUUAAUUGUAAUUCGGUUCGAUUGUAGCACGGCAGGAAAACAACUUUGAUUCAAACGUCGUGUCAGAGUCGAACCAAAUUCAGGAUUUACUGAUGCGUCGUAACAAUUCUCCUCCUAACUCCCCCUGGGAACGCAAUCUCGCCAAAAUACAUUAAUGUAAUUUAUGAAUUUUGCUUAGCGCGGCAGAAGCACGACGUUUGAAUCGCUGCCGCGCUAGAGCCGUGUAGCACGGCAGCGCUUGUCGAACUUAAUUGCUUGCCGAACUUAAUUCAAAAGUUUGAUUCAGACGCCGUGCUUCUGCCGUGCUUUUGUCGAACUUAAUUCCCGAAUUUAGUUCGGCACGGCAGAAGCACGACGUCUGAACUGGGCCUAAGAUGUUGUAUGCGAUUAUCAACUCUGAAAGUGGAUUUGCUUUACUAAUAAAUAUUGUUUUUUUCUUUUUUUUACUUUCUUAGUGAAAUUGAAGUGUUUUACAUGUUCAAGUUCAACAGAUAAUUCCUGCCACUAUGUAACAGCCAUUGCCGAUGCAGUUCGUUUGCCAGCAUUUAAUAGCUCUAAAAUGUUCUUUAUAGAAAUCGGCCUUUGAUGCGUAUCUUGUAUUGUAUGAGUGAAGAUCACAGGCAUAGCGAAAGCGUCGAUAAAAAAUAUCUGGCAAUUGCUUUUUACAGCUGAAAUCUAGAAAAAAUAUAUAUUUUAUUCCCUGAAAGCAUUUUUAUCAUUAAUGAUCGGGAUGAUUGAUAUAUCUUUCGCAUUAUAUUGGUGUUUUUACCCGUCUGAAGGGUAGACAUCUCGUCCUCUGCUUGUAACCUCCUUGAUGGCCUCACUAUUUUACCUUUUUUCCGUAAACAUUGCGCCUUACCGAUAAGCAGAGAUGUAAAUUAUCGAACCAAUUAAUGGAUUUUCCUUCGUGUUUAUCUAAUGAAAAAAUGUCCAGCGGAAAUUGCAGGAAAUGGUAUUUCUAGGCCCCUAAAUUAAAAAAAAAAAAAUUUGGAGGAGCAUGCUCCCUUCGGAGGUCCUUGCUUUCUGAACGUACAGUAUGUUGCCCAGUAUCCGGACACUUCAGUUUAACAUUGCAAUAACUUUCCUUUGUUGAUCGCAAGAGCUCUGAAAUUUGGCCCAGAGAAAAUCUAUUUAGUCCUUAAUAUGACAAGAGACAGUUUAGCUUUUUGGCCUCUGGUUCCAUCGCGAAAUUAACAUAUUUGCAGAGCUCCUAUGUUGCCCAGUAUCCGGACAGCUGGCCCAGUAUCCGGACACAACAAUAACAACGUAAUUGUACAUAAAUUUCGACAGGCAAACGACUUAAAAGCUUCUCUUGCACUUGCAAAGUAGUCUCGCAAUCGAUUCCAAAAAUAUAACCUUGCAUCGUGAAAUAAAACAUAACAAAUGACUGGGUAUGGUGGGGAACGCGAGCGGUUGUUUAAUAGCAUAAUUCUUACUUCCUUGUCUAGGAACUUUUUCACUGAUCAUGUAAGGAAGGCAUCCGUGGACAUGCCGAAGCCGCGGUUUGCUAGCUCAAUUACCCAAUCUGCAAACGAAUUUUUUUCUUCAUUUUUUAUUUUAAAAAAAAAGCUUGGCGAAGGGAACUCAAUGCGACGGUCAAAGGUCACUCUCCUAUUUAGUCUGACCUGCAGUGAUGAUUUCUUCAUGCUCAGUCCCUACAGACCCUACAAUAAGCCUGCUUUUCUAGCACUAAUUCCUCCUUCUUUCACAUCUCUCAAGCCCUUUGUGACAUUUUUCAGACCGUUGCAACCCCAUUCUAGCAGUCACAACUGGGGAAAGUAUGAGAAUUCCAGGUUCAACUCCGACGCUUUCGGUUAUAUAUAUAAGAUGCAGUCACGCGAAACAAGAGGCGUACCCGAAAUCAAGUCGCCUCGGAAUGAGUGAAGAAAAUUUCCGUACGGAGUUGAGUAGAAUUCCAUUUUACGACUACAUCAUAUAUCCUAAGCUUUAAUUAUAGUUAUAGAUAUGAAAUAAAUCUUAUCCGGAUAAUGUACACGGCUAAUUCAUCGAUUCUGUACAGCAAAGAAAAAACUGUCUGUCCGGAUACUGGGCACCUCCGUUAUUCCAAACAAAUCGAAUUUCAAGGAGAAUUAAUAAACUUUCUGAGAACCUGACUUCUUUAAGAACCUUCACGUUAAAUAUAAAACCGUUUCUUUUAAAAUAUGAGAUAUUACCAACCCUUUUGUGAGCAGCACUAAUUUUACUGCGCAGUAAACAGCGUAAAUAUUAGCCCUGAAAUGUUUAUUCACCUGAACAGAACGGCGUCUUCUGCGACUGUUUCGCAAGCUUACAACUUGCCAAAACCUUCAUCUUAAAGCCGAAAUGUUCAGCUUUCAUUCGAAAUACUUCGUUUACUGAUAACUGAAAAGGGCGCCUCAAAAAUUGAGUUUUUGUUUUAAGUGUCCGGAUACUGGUACCGUCCGGAUACUAGGCAACAUACUGAACACCUUCAAAACCUCAAGCUACACCCAUGGAAACGUGCAGAUGGUCAUGCUACUUCUAAUAAAAAAAAUUAAUGCACAAACAUGAAGGAUAAUGAGUCGCAGUGUAAGGAGAGUAGUGAUGCAAAUAAAGCCUUGCUGUGUGAUUGGUCCAAUUCAACAAUUCUCAACCAAAUAUUCCAAUAAUCUCACGUAGAGGGAAGGAUUCUUUAGAGGGUGAUUGAUCGACUAUCGACUGAUCAACCUAAGUCUUUCAGAGACGUCUUCCCGAACACCUUCUUUUGAAAGAAGCGGAAAAUUAUACAAUGUCCUCAUCUACAGCCCAGUGCCACGGUAAGCUGCAAACAAGUCCUCUUUGAAGAACGUCAUCGUUUUCUGAGAAGAGCCUCCAUCUUCUAUUUAAAGGUAUUCUUCUAGAAGCAUUUCCUUGCGUUGUAAGUAGCACAUUUUCCUAAAGGAAGUAAAAAAGAGUAUACACAAAUGAACAUAAACUUUGCAUGAGUUAACAUCCGAGUUAACGUAGAAAAAGAUGUGACCCUCCAGAGGAUUUUGAUGCUGAAGAUGAAAACUCGUUCACGACACGCUUCCACUCUAAAAACAAAAGAAACACGUCGCUUUAGCACGACAGCCAACUUGCCUCAUCAUCAAUUUCUUUUGUUUCAGAGGACACGCUUGAGACAAUUAAGCCUGAGCGGAAAAUUGCAGGAAAUGGUAUUUCUAGGCCCCUAAAUUUAAAAAAAAAAGUUUUGAAGGAGCAUGCUCCCUUCGGAGGUCCUUGCUUUCUGAACGUACAGUAGGUUGCCCAGUAUCCGGACACUUCAGUUUAACAUUGCAAUAACCUUCCUUUGUUGAUCGCAAGAGCUCUGAAAUUUGGCCCAGAGAAAAUCUGGUUAGUCCACUUGCUAAGUAGUCUCGCAAUCGAUUCCAAAAAUAUAACCUUGCAUCGUGAAAUAAAUCAUAACAAAUGACUGGUGUAUGGUGGGGAACGCGAGCGGUUGUUUAAUAGCAUAAUUCUUACUUCCUUGUCUAGGAACUUUUUAACUGAUCAUGUAAGGAAGGCAUCCGUGGACAUGCCGAAGCCGCGGUUUGCUAGCUCAAUUACCCAAUCUGCAAACGAAUUUUUUUCUUCAUUUUUUAUUUAAAAAAAAAAGCUUGGCGAAGGGAACUCAAUGCGACAGUCAAAGGUCACUCUCCUAUUUAGUCUGACCUGCAUAGUGUUGAUUUCUUCAUGUUCAGUCCCUACAGACCCUACAAUAAGCCUGCUUUUCUAGCACUAAUUCCUCCUUCUUUCACUUCUCUCAAGCCCUUUGUGACAUUUUUCAGACCGUUGCAACCCCAUUCUAGCAGUCACAACUGGGGAAAGUAUGAGAAUUCCAGGUUCAACUCCUACGCUUUCGGUUAUAUAUAUAAGAUGCAGUCACGCGAAACAAGAGGCGUACACGAAAUCAAGUCGCCUCGGAAUGACUGAAGAAAAUUUCCGUGCGGAGUUGAGUAGAAUUCCAUUUUACAACUAUAUCAUAUAUCCUAAGCUUUAAUUAUAGUUAUAGAUAUGAAAUAAAUCUUAUCCGGAUAAUGUACACGGCUAAUUCAUCGAUUCUGUACAGCAAAGAAAAAACUGUCUGUCCGGAUACUGGGCACCUCCGUUAUUCCAAACAAAUCGAAUUUCAAGGAGAAUUAAACAACUUUCUGAGAACCUGACUUCUUUAAGUAUCUUCACGUUAAAUAUAAAACCGUUUCUUUAAAAAUAUGUCAUAUUACCAACCCUUUUGUGAGCAGCACUAAUUUUACUGCGCAGUAAACAGCGUAAAUAUUAGCCCUGAAAUGUUUAUUCACCUGAACAGAACGGCGCCUUCUGCGACUGUUUCGCAAGCUUUCAACUUGCCAAAACCUUCAUCUUACAGCCGAAAUGUUCAGCUUUCAUUCGAAAUACUUCGUUUACUGAUAACUGAAAAGGGCGCCUCAAAAAUUGAGUUUUUUUUUUAAGUGUCCGGAUACUGGUACCGUCCGGAUACUAGGCAACAUACUGUACACCUUCAAAACCUCAAGCUACACCCAUGGAAACGUGCAAUAAUGAGUCGCAGUGUAAGGAGAGUAGUGAUGCAAAUAAAGCCUUGCUGUGUGAUUGGUCCAAUUCAACAAUUCUCAACCAAAUAUUCCAAUAAUCUCACGUAGAGGGAAGGAUUCUUUAGAGGGUGAUUGAUCGACUAUCGACUGAUCAACCUAAGUCUUUCAGAGACGUCUUCCCGAACACCUUCUUUUGAAAGAAGCGGAAAAUUAUACAAUGUCCUCAUCUACAGCCCAGUGCCACGGUAAGCUGCAAACAAGUCCUCUUUGAAGAACGUCAUCGUUUUCUGAGAAGAGCCUCCAUCUUCUAUUUAAAGGUAUUCUUCUAGAAGCAUUUCCUUGCGUUGUAAGUAGCACAUUUUCCUAAAGGAAGUAAAAAAGAGCAUACACAAAUGAACAUAAACUUUGCAUGAGUUAACAUCCGAGGUAACGUCGAAAAAGAUGUGACCCUCCAGAGGAUUUUGAUGCUGAAGAUGAAAACUCGUUCACGACACGCUUCCACUUUAAAAACAAAAGAAACCCGUCGCUUUAGCACGACAGCCAACUUGCCUCAUCAUCAAUUUCUUUUGUUUCAGAGGACACGCUUGAGACAAUUAAGCCUGAGCGGAAAAUUGCAGGAAAUGGUAUUUCUAGGCCCCUAAAUUAAAAAAAAAAAAAAAUUUGAAGGAGCAUGCUCCCUUCGGAGGUCCUUGCUUUCUGAACGUACAGUAUGUUGCCAAGUAUCCGGACACUUCAGUUUAACAUUGCAAUAACUUUCCUUUGUUGAUCGCAAGAGCUCUGAAAUUUGGCCCCGAGAAAUUCUAUUUAGUCCACUUGCUAAGUAGUCUCGCAAUCGAUUCCAAAAAUAUAACCUUGCAUCGUGAAAUAAAACGUAACAAAUGACUGGGGUAUGGUGGGGAACGCGAGCGGUUGUUUAAUAGCAUAAUUCUUACUUCCUUGUCUAGGAACUUUUUCACUGAUCAUGUAAGGAAGGCAUCCGUGGACAUGCCGAAGCCGCGGUUUGCUAGCUCAAUUACCCAAUCUGCAAACGAAUUUUUUUCUUCAUUUUUUAUUUAAAAAAAAAAGCUUGGCGAAGGGAACUCAAUGCGACAGUCAAUGGUCACUCACCUAUUUAGUCUGACCUGCAGCGUUGAUUUCUUCAUGCUCAGUCCCUACAGACCCUACAAUAAGCCUGCUUUUCUAGCACUAAUUCCUCCUUCUUUCACAUCUCUCAAGCCCUUUGUGACAUUUUUCAGACCGUUGCAACCCCAUUCUAGCAGUCACAACUGGGGAAAGUAUGAGAAUUCCAGGUUCAACUCCGACGCUUUCGGUUAUAUAUAUAAGAUGCAGUCAAACGAAACAAGAGGCGUACACGAAAUCAAGUCGCCUCGGAAUGAGUGAAGAAAAUUUCCGUACGGAGUUGAGUAGAAUUCCAUUUUACAACUAUAUCAUAUAUCCUAAGCUUUAAUUAUAGUUAUAGAUAUGAAAUAAAUCUUAUCCGGAUAAUGUACACGGCUAAUUCAUCGAUUCUGUACAGCAAAGAAAAAACUGUCUGUCCGGAUACUGGGCACCUCCGUUAUUCCAAACAAAUCGAAUUUCAAGAAGAAUUAAUAAACUUUCUGAGAACCUGAUUUCUUUAAGUAACUUCACGUUAAAUAUAAAACCGUUUCUUUUAAAAUAUGACAUAUUACCAACCCUUUUGUGAGCAGCACUAAUUUUACUGCGCAGUAAACAGCGUAAAUAUUAGCCCUGAAAUGUUUAUUCACCUGAACAGAACGGCGUCUUCUGCGACUGUUUUGCAAGCUUUCAACUUGCCAAAACCUUCAUCUUAAAGCCGAAAUGUUCAGCUUUCAUUCGAAAUACUUCGUUUACUGAUAACUGAAAAGAGCGCCUCAAAAAUUGAGUUUUUGUUUUAAGUGUCCGGAUACUUGUACCGUCCGGAUACUAGGCAACAUACUGUACACUUUCAAAACCUCAAGCUACACCCAUGGAAACGUGCAGAUGUUCAUGCUACUUCUAAUAAAAAAAUUAAUGCACAAACAUGAAGGAUAAUGAGUCGCAGUGUAAGUAGCGUAGUGAUGCAGAUAAAGCCUUGCUGUGUGAUUGGUCCAAUUCAACGAUUCUCAACCAAAUAUAUUCAAAUAAUCUCACGUCAGGGGCGGAUCCAGGAUCUUUUUUAGGAGGGGGUGCACUCGUCUCUUGCUCUACUUCAACACCAAUAAACCACAUAGUUUUUUUUUUUUUUUUGCAGAAUACCUGUUGUAUUAGAAAACCGCAGGUCAUCUCGGGGGGGGGGUGCGCACCCCCUGCACCCUCCCCUUAGAUCCGCCCCUGUCAUGUAGAGGGAAGGAGUCUUUAGAGGGUGAUUGAUCGACUAUCGACUGAUCAACCUAAGUCUUUCAGAGACGUCUUCCCGAACACCUUCUUUUGAAGGAAGCGGAAAAUUAUACAAUGUCCUCAUCUACAGCCCAGUGCCACGGUAAGCUGCAAACAAGUCCUCUUUGAACGACGUCAUCUUUUUCUGAGAAGAGCCUCCAUCUUCUUUUUAAAGGUAUUCUUCUAGAAGCAUUUCCUUGCGUUGUAAGUAGCACAUUUUCCUGAAGGAAGUAAAAAAGAGUAUACACAAAUGAACAUAAACUUUGCAUGAGUUAACAUCCGAGUCAACGUCGAAAAAGAUGUGACCCUCCAGAGGAUUUUGAUGCUGAAGGUGAAAACUUGUUCACGACACGCUUCCACUUUAAAAACAAAAGAAACCGACAGCCAACUUGCCUCAUCAUCAAUAAAUUUCUUUUGUUUCAGAGGACACGCUUGAGACAAUUAAGCCUGAGCGAGUAGAACAAAAGAGCUAUUAAAAAGAGCUAUUAAAGUUUUUAAACAACAGCUGCGUUGGAAGUAGCACAAUCACGCUUUCAGCAUGCGCAAAAGCACGCCAUGACACUCGGUUAUCUAAAGCCACAGUACUGCUCAGAGUCUCGACCCUUGAAUUACGAUUUGAGUUAAGAUUUUUGAAAAUUCAUCAGUCGAAAGGAUUUCGAGAAAACAAUUUAUUUCUUCGCAUGUACAGAAAUUCACACCGCCCGUCAGUGCUUUCAUGUUCGUGCACCUCUUACACUUUGACGAGUAAUUUAAGUUUCACUUUCAGCCGAAUUAAAAAAAGGGAAUGACUAAGGACAGGUUGCUUAUCUGAAAUUUUGCCCAAUUGUGUCUGUGUAGUUUUGUAUGAAUGACAUCUUGUCAAUUAUAAAAUAUGUUUGUUUUUGGUGCAUAACUUGCGUCAGGUCGUGUUAAUCGCGAUGGCGAAGGAGAAAUAUGAUCGUGACGUUUUUUAGUCGGGAAUAGUUGUCAAAAUGAUAAUGUUUGCGAGCCCUCCUAUAAUAAACGCAAAGAAUAUAACAUGGAUAAGGCUGAAUAGCUUAUAUAAUAAAUCUUCAAGCGUACCGUUCAAAACAAAACAUAAAACUCUGACUUCGAAAUAGUGUUUUGAAAAUACAAGUAAAUUUGCAUACGCAAUUUGAAACCUCUUGACUCUUCUACACGCAUUGCAACAUUUUGUACUAAUUAUAAACAGGGACUUUUUAUAAACCAAAACACGCACAAAAAAAAGCUUGAUAACCAUAGGUUUCUCUAAGACUAUUUCAUUGCAGGUCAUUUUCCGACGAGAUACCGUAAAAUUCCGAAAGUAAGUCCCUCCAAAUAUAAUUCCCCAAACCGGUAACGCAAAAAACCCUCCGGAAAAUAGCCCCUCCAAAUAUAAGCCCCUCGGGGGCUUGUACUUGGAUAAUUGCCCUCAAAUACUAAGUAAAACAAAGCAUAAACGGUAAACUUACUUCUAACUAUAAGGCUAGCCCAAUUGAUUUUGAAGCGCAAAUUUCCCUCAGUAGAUAAGCCCCUCCAAAAAUAAGCCCCUCAAAAAGGGCCUUUGAAAAAUAUAUGUCCCGGGGCUUACUUUCGGAAUUUUACGGUAUUUAAACUUGACUGUAGACAAACAGAACAGACUGAACAGACAUCUACAUCUACAUUUAUUAACUGACAACGCUUUCGCAUCAAGUCAAUAUAAGACAAGGGCUUGUUUGUUAACCUUUUACCAGCGACCAAACGUUUUUGUUUUCGUUUCAAAAGUGCCGAACAACGCAGGGAAAUUGGCUUCGUCACGUGCUAAUUCGCUUGUUGUAAUUUUGGGCUAAAAGUUUUAUCAGUUUACCGAAUUAUUCUGGUUCACAGAAUCAGUGAUCUAUGGUAAUGACUCUAUGUAUCCAUGGAGCAAAGUGUUAUGGUAUUCGUGUUCCCAAGUAUCGACAAGUAAUUUCCUGGUUUUACAUUGCGCAUCACCUAGUGCGCAUAACAUUGCGACAAAAGGUCGACGGUGGUUUUCACCUGUCGCCUUAAAAGAGGUAACAAAGGCCCCUUUUGAAGUCCAAAUGCUUUUAAUGGCGAUUUUGAUAACUCUACCCUGAUCAAAGUUGUUUGUCUUAAAACUCGCCACAGUGGCGAAAAAUGAUUAUUUGAAGCCGAAAUUGUCCUUUUAUAAUGUCAUUUUGCGCUGAAACGAAAACGAUGACCCCCCUUUUUUUAUUUGUGCUUUUUACUCACUAUGGCUACACAAAAGAUAUGUUUUAAGCGGAAAAAGAAUCUGGAUAGUAAAAGUUGUGUUUUUUUUUAGCUAUGAAUGAAGCCAAUUUCUUAGCCGUUAACAAAACCCGGAUCGGAUUGCUCGGAUCGGAUCGGACUGAUAUUCGCCUUAAAUUCAAAGUUACACUGAAAGUGAUUGCUUGUUGGUUGUUGUACGACUGCGAAGGACUCGGCUAAAGUAGAAAGGAGUGAAAAGGCUUCUUGUGGUGGCAUUUGGAGAGGUCAUUCGCUUAUUGAAAACGCGUGUUCGCUAUAGCUAUCGUACCUUGCUCAUUCCCGUGAUUUUCUUAAACGUCUCCUCCGAAAAGAAGUAUUCAAUUUAGGCUCAGUGAAAAACAAGGCCAAUUCAGAAGAGAGUAGAGAUGGAAAGAAACAACAAAAUCAGCGCAAUGAGAGAUACUCACAUCUCUCCCCGCCAUCUUCGAUUCGGGCGAUGUCACUUGACCAAGCCUCUUUUUGGAAAUUGGAAACGUAUGACGUUAUGCAACAUAAAAUUUCCCAGUGCAGUUCACAUUGAAAAUAAUUCUUUGCGAUGAUUUUCAAGCUGCUGGUGAAUUUUAAGCCUGGUGAUACAUGAGAAACGAUUUUUUAUAUUAGUAGGUAAACAUUCAAUGAGAGAAGACUUAUUAAUAAAUAUUUCGUUUCCAAAUUACAGGUUGUGGUUUUGUACUUUAUUCAACCCAUUUUCCUGUGGAGUUAAAGUGAAAACAAGAACGAUAAGCUCGAUAGCAACAUAUGAAUUAGCUCAACUGAUGCUGUUAUAGAACUUCAAGGUUUGCGUGUAAACGUCGAUCGAUCUACCAUGCGGAAAGUCUUACUUUCUGUUUUUGGCCUUCUCAUCAACAUGGUCUGCGUUUCUAGCAGCAGUCAUGUUUACGACUCCAUUUUCUGGAAUCCUCAGAAUCCUUUGUAAGUAAUGAUUUGUAGUGUGUGUUCAAGUAAAUAUUCUGCGACGAUUUAUACUGUCUGUCUCAUUUAUUAUAAACCCGACGUGAGUAUUGCCCAAGCUCUAAUUCAUAGGUUUCCUCCAGAACAGAACUAAUUCUCAACUCUGUAUUAAAGCAUGUUUACUUUGAUCUUCAACCAUUUCAAUUUUUCUCAAACGGAAAGUUCAUUCCGUGCUCUUGACUUUAUCAAGUUUAUUGAUUCCAUAUUCCUACAAAAGUGGCUUUUAUCAAGCUAAAUAAAAGGAUAUUAGAUAUUCGACAUUUACAAAAGUAGGAGUAACUGACAAGAAUAAUCCAUGUCUAAACCCGUUCACCUUGGGGCAAGCUAAAGCUUACAAAAUUGUUUAAAAAUCUGUCAUGAAGUGAUGUCUCAAACUUUAACAGAGAAGGGCGUGCACCCAAAAUUAAUAGAGAUCCUGCGGUAUUUUAUUAACCUCAAUCCCCCGGCUUUAAUAGAUUUUUGCCAAUCAAACUGUAGGUUAAGUGAAAUUUAACCUGAAAUCAAAUCUGACCUGUAACAUAACUGCUGCUGCGACUAAUAUGCAGAUAUUUUGAGAUGUGCGGUUAUGAUCUUGUGAAGAAUCCAGUCUGAGUACAAAAAAAAACUCUAACUUGUCAAAUAAUACAGCUAUAAACAGGUUUUGCCUUAAAAGCCUACAUUAUUUAACAGGAGCUGAAACAGAGCUAGAGCUUGUCCUUAGUAGUCUACUAUGUUGAAACUUAACCGUUUUGGUGGAUAGGUAAGGAUGGUUUAGGGAUAGUCUAUGACGUCACCCAUUGUUAUAACCUAGAGAAAAAGUGCCUUCCUCCACACUAAUUAAGUGCCUUCCUACAUAUACUGUAGAAUGAAGUGGAUAGGUUUACUAAUGAGCGUCUCUCUACUACAAUAGGCACAAUAGGCUUGUUCUGGCUUGUCCGUUAAGUAGCUUGAGCCCAGAUUUCAGACCGUCUAUUAAAAGGAAAAUAGGAAUAAAAGAAGCGAUCUCCUAGCAACGCAAGAAACGGCUUCCUAUAUCUUAUUUAGCGCUAAAACUAAGAUAUAUAAACAAAACACAUACAGAAAGUGAUUUUGAACAGUCUUUAUUUCAAUUUAGUUUACGUCGUCUUAUUUAGCGCUAAAACUCGGAUAUAUAAACAAAACACACGCACAUAUACACAAAGUGGAGCUGAAAACUCUCUAUUUCAAUUUUGUCUGACUAUUACAGAACCGUUAUCUCCUUUCUAUCUCGAGUCUCAGCGUUUCACGCGCCGUUAGUCAGGUAAUUAUGCGAGUCCACAAGCCCACCGUUGCAUACAAACUAGCUCUGCAGUAAAAAACCCAAGGGAGCAUCUUGACGUAUUAUUAUAAAAGCACACCCCUAAAAAGCAAUUAAUAACUUAACAAGGAUCAACUGAAACACGCGACUAAUAAUUGCUGGCAAUAAAACCAGACACGUUUCUUAAGACAAGAAAUCAACUUUAUGACCCUUAAUUAAAAUAAUUUCAAAAAGAUGUAAUUAAUAUAUUAAAGAUUCUAUUAAAAUAGUCAAAGAAGGCAAGCCAUCCUUUUACUUACCCCUCUCCCUUUUCGUUUUUAUUUCCCUCCUCCUCCUCCACAAUUUUAUUAUUUUCCCUCCUCAAUCUUGUUUUCUCUCCACCACCACCACCGCCACAUUUCUAUUGUUUUCCGAGUUUCCCUCCACCGCUACCACCACCGCCACAUACUGCAGCGAUACUGCGAUACCGUACCGUAUUGCAGAUUAUUAGUAAUACAUCUACAUGUUAACACAGAUUUUUCACUUCAAUAUUUUCAUAGAUUCAGAGACAAGAGCCAAAGUUGUAGCACAGGAUACAUGACUCUUAAAGUCCGACUGCAAUCUAAAGUCUUCUUCAUAUGUCCAAACACAGCCACUGUGUUAGAAAAAAGUUUAACAGCACCUCAAUCUGCAACCAUGUAUGAAAACCUUUGGAUUGCUUAUGACAGAAGUGUGUUUGACCAAUGUAAUACAUCAUUAAGCAAUACUAGCAAACUUUUAUUCAGUUGCAAUGAUCCAACAGCAUUGAAAUAUUUUCCUGUGGUAUUUGCCGAAUUUACAGCAGACCCAAAUUCGCUGAAGUUUAAAGAUGGAAAGAAGUAUUAUUUUAUUGGUAAGUGAUAGAAAGACAAUAUUACAGGACUGAGGGACCCAAAUUAUGGGCUGAAGUUUGUAGGGGGGAAGAAGUGUUAUUUUAGUGGUAAGUGAUGAAGAGUCUCAGUUACCUUAAGGUUUCCAUAGUGGUGACUCCCUGAGAGUUAAACGAACCAAGUUCUGUUUCUCUAUAUCACAUAAAAAAUUAACGUAUGAUCAGUGAUGUUGAGUUUUAUGUACUCAUCAGGUAAAAUUUUGAUGCCCAGUCCAACAUCAUUUGAGCCCCAGUCCAAACACCCAUGAUUUUACUGUAGUAUUUGUUUGAAAAUUCUUGUUAUUAUUAGUUACUUCUGGGCCUCGUUUAUAUAAGAUUGCUCUCUUGACUAACUUACUAACUAGGUUUUAUUACGCUACAUGUAUAUUACAUAAUAGGAUAUUCUUCAAAAUCAUCUCCAUGUUAAGUCAGCAAUUGUUUUAUAUGUUUCGUCAUUGUUUGUCUGUUGUAGGGACAUCUGAUGGCACACAGGCACACCUCAAUGACCUUAGUGGAGGUCACUGCAAUGACACAAAAAACGGAAUAUUUAUGAAAAGUGAAGUCUAUGUCUGCAAAAAAAGUAAUCUAACUUAUACAGGUAAUGUUCAAUUACUACAGUGUAAUUAA